AUGUGUGUCCGUAGCCCCCUCUCCCAGGCCAGGAACGAGGCGAGCGAGGUGAGGAGGCAGGCGGAGAGCCUCUCGGAGGAGUACGAUCGCCUGCGGAAAGAGCACACGCGGCUGCAGCCCGACAGUUCGUUCCCGGAGGAAUUUCCGAUGAAGGACUCGGUCUUUGAAGCCGCGAAAGUUGGCAGCGGCGGCGUUCGCCGUCUGAACCCGGGACCUGCUCCGCUCUGGGACGCGGAGAUUCCCGUGAGCCCCCAGAUGGAGGGCUCCCUCGGAGAGAAAGGCAAGAAGCGAGCGAAUUUACCGUCAACACUGUCGCGCAGCAGCCAAAGCCAUUCAGUCCGAAAGGGCCCUUUGGGAAAAGACCGACGGCAAGAAGGACCCGUGAUGGCAAUUGACAGACGACGAAAAUCGUUUGCGAACGUCACAUACGCGCUGUAUUCCGGGGCGUUAUUAGGAACGAACAUGGCAGUCCCGGAGGGCAGCGCGGAGGCGGGGGCCGGCUACCUGGUGCAGCGGCCGGUGUACAGCGAGCCGGCCUUCCUGCUCCUCAAUGAGCGCCGCCCGAGCCCGCCCAAACCCACCCUGAGGGACAGGCUCGCCAGGACCUGCAGCUGCUCCCAGCGGAAGGCACUGCGCCUGGCCAAGGCGGCCGUCCCGGCCCUCGACUGGAUCCCGCAGUAUCGGGUGCGCGAGUGGCUCCUCAGCGACAUCAUCUCGGGCGUCAGCACGGGGCUCGUGGCCACCCUGCAAGGUUUGGCCUACGCUUUGCUCGUCGCAAUUCCCGUUGGUUUUGGACUCUACUCCGCCUUCUUCCCUAUCCUAACGUACUUCAUCUUCGGAACGUCGAGGCACAUCUCAGUGGGACCUUUCCCCGUGGUCAGCCUGAUGGUGGGAUCGGUCGUGCUGGGCAUGGCCCCCGAUGACCACUUCCUCCUGGCUUCCAGCAACGGGUCCGGGAUGAACCACACAGUGCUGGACACCGAGGCGCGAGAUGCCCAGCGGGUGCUGAUCGCCAGCACGCUCACGGUGCUGGUGGGAAUUAUACAGAUGGUCCUCGGAGUGGCUCAGAUCGGGUUUAUCGUGCGUUACCUGGCAGACCCUCUGAUCGGAGGGUUCACCACUGCCGCGGCUUUCCAGGUCUUUGUCUCGCAGCUGAAGAUCGUCCUCAAUGUGGCAACCAAAAACUACAACGGAGUCCUCUCCAUCCUCUACACUCUUGCCGAGAUAUUCGAGAAAAUCCACACCACCAACAUCGCAGAUCUCAUCGCCGGGCUGCUCACCAUCGUCACCUGCGUGGUCGUCAAAGAGAUAAACGAUCGCUUCAAGCAUAAGAUUCCCGUGCCCAUCCCCGUGGAAGUCAUCGUGACGAUAAUUGCCACGGCCAUUUCGUACGGCGCUGACCUCGAAAAGCACUACAAUGCCGGCAUUGUGAAGUCCAUUCCGAGAGGAUUUCUGCCCCCCGCGAUUCCGUCUGUGAGCAUGUUUUCGGAGAUGAUUACCGCCUCCUUUUCCAUAGCGGUGGUGGCUUAUGCCAUCGCGGUGUCAGUGGGGAAAGUGUACGCCACCAAAUACGAUUAUUCGAUCGAUGGAAACCAGGAGUUUAUUGCCUUUGGGAUCAGCAACAUCUUCUCCGGAUUCUUCUCCUGCUUUGUGGCUACCACGGCCCUGUCCCGGACUGCUGUCCAGGAGAGCACCGGGGGAAAGACACAGGUCGCGGGCCUCGUCUCAGCCUUGGUGGUUCUGGUGGCCAUUGUGGCUCUGGGAAAACUGCUAGAGCCCUUGCAGAAGUCCGUCCUGGCUGCCGUCGUCAUCGCCAACCUGAAGGGGAUGUUCAUGCAGGUGCGCGACGUCCCGCGAUUGUGGAGACAGAAUAAGAUGGACGCGGUGAUCUGGGUGUUUACCUGCCUGGCGUCGAUCGUUUUGGGCCUCGAUUUAGGGCUGCUGGCCGGCCUGCUGUUUGGGCUGCUGACCGUAGUCCUUCGAGUGCAGUUUCCAUCUUGGAACGACCUGGGAAACGUACCUGGAACGGACAUCUACAAAAGCAUCAAGGAUUACAAAAACGUGGCUGAGCCCCAAGGAGUGAAGAUCCUUCAGUUUUCCAGCCCGAUUUUUUACGGCAACGUGGACGGGUUUAAAAAAUGUCUCAAAAACACAGUGGGAUUUGAUGCUGUGAGAGUGUAUAAUAAGAGGCUCAAAGCACUGAGGAAGAUUCAGAAACUCAUCAAGAAGGGACAGUUAAGAGCAACAAAGAAUGGCAUCAUCAGUGACGCCGGAUUGGCUAACGAAGGAUUUGAGCCCGACGAGGAUCCAGAAGAUCCCGAAGACCUGGAGGUUCCAACGAAGGAAAUAGAGAUUCAGGUGGAUUGGAACUCAGAGCUGCCCGUCAAAGUGAACGUUCCCAAAGUGCCCAUCCACAGCGUCAUCUUGGAUUUCGGAUCGGUCUCCUUCUUGGAUAUUGUGGCUGUGAGGUCGCUAAGAAUGAUAGUAAAAGAGUUUCAAAGAAUUGAUGUGAGUGUAUAUUUUGCAUCACUUCAAGACAAUGUAAUAACGAAAUUGGAGCAGUGUGCCUUCUUCGAAGAUAUCGGAAAGGACAUGUGCUUUCUAACAGUCCACGAUGUCAUGCUGUAUAUUCAGAAUCGUCUUAUGUGCAAAGCAGUUCAAGAUUCCAUCUUCGAAAAGAUUUCCCUGAUGCAAGAACACAAGGAGCCUCUCGAGUUAAUGGAAGCGGCGCAGGCUGAAAAUGAACUCGACGUUCAAGAUGAGGCUUUGCGCAGACUCGCGUCCUGAAGAGAGGUAUGGAGAUCAUUACGCCUGGGACUACAUGACAUUAAUGUUAUACCGUGCAAUCGUUUUCUACGAGGCUGCUUCCUUGGAUCGGUCAUUUCCUUGUCGGACUGGGGAGAUUCGGAGUCGUUUUUCCAUUACUGCCUCUGGCCUGCGUCUUUGGAGUCACCGCGGUUGGAAGCAGACAGUCUGGCUGAUUUGGACAGGUGGUCUGGCCAGCCGGUAGUAUCCUGCUAUCCCCCCAGCCCAAAAAGGCCACCUCUGACUAUUGUAGAAAUUGGCCUACACACCGAAUUGUCAAAUCCUCGUCAAAGGCCUCGGGCCCGUCUCGAAGUGGCGCUUUUUAUCGGCGGUACUUGCUGCGAAGAAAACGGCCAUCGUUUUCUUCCCGAGGCUACUGGAAGAUUGACUCUACUCGGGCGAAGCCACCCUGGACUCCCAACCCCAACCCGUUCAUCCGCGCAACAGGAAGGCCUUUCAAACCGAUUUCGGUAACAUUUCAAAGGCAGGGUUAGCACUUUUCAGUCAGGCAUCUUCAUUGGAGAAAAAAACGGAGUCGGAUUCCGGAGCAGGUGAAGGCAGUCAUUCAAGAACUGGAGAAAAUUCCGCUCCUGUAUUUGGAAAACGUAUUUUUUAUCGAGGGGGAAGAGCUGGAUAAAUCUCAAGCGUCUUGGCACGUUAUUUAUAGCUUAGAUGUUAGACGAGCAAGCGAUCGUAAGUCCGACCUACGAGGAUAUAUCGUUUUCAGGCUAGCUGUCUGGUUUGGUUUGGAGUGUGGGUUCAUAGAAAAAGCCGUUGCUUUGAGGUGGGAAUGGCAUAGGCUGCGUUCUAAACCUCAGCAGGAGAAUGAUUAUGUUUGCAUUUUAAAAAUUCGAUCUUAAAUGAAAAGUUAUGAUUUUUAUAUUCAUAGGUUAUGAGAGGCAAUUUUUACAAACCCUUAAAAUCAGGGCUUCUGCGCAUGGAAUUUAAAACAUAGAGCUUUUUGAUUGCUGGACAUUAGCUGCCUAGAAAAUUGACUAAUGAUUAAGGAGUAUCUAUUCAAAAUAUUUGUCAAUACUUUCCACACUUUAAAUUCUUCUCAGCAUGCACCUCUACCCAGGAUGGGGAAAAAGUCCAGAUUUUCAGAUAAACCAUCUAAUCAUUAUUCUUUUAUUACAUGCUAAUAUUUUCCAAGGGCCAAUCAAAUUCUAGGUUCUGAAAAGAAUUGCUUGUGUUCACUUUAAAUCCAACUGUUGGAGACAUCAUCAUCAUCAUCAAUCGUAUUUAUUGAGCGCUUACUGUGUGCAGAGCACUGUACUAAGUGCUUGAGGGCUGAACAGCAUCAAAUUAGGGGGGUUUUGUUUAAAUUCAGGUUUGCCCCGGAUCCUGGAUGUAGGAAUCUGACUUAACUCGGAUUGUGAUGUAAACAUUCCUUUCGUCCAAAGGUCACACUGGGAAUGUUGGGCUUAUGUUACUUUUGAAUUUUGGGUACAGUCUAACUAGAAUAUUCACGUUACCUGGCUUUCUUCAGUAGCACAUACCAGCCUAUUUACUAUAAAUACAUCAAAAAGUCUUUUAUGGUAGCCUGGAAGAAAAUCGGUCCAAUACCUCUGUUCAAUAGGGGAAGAUAUGCACUAUUUUUUUAUACGAAAGAAGAGACCGGAAUCAUGUAUUUUUACGAUCAGUUAGCAUCGCAGGAUCUUUGAUCCUUUCUCGAACAGUCCAGAGUGUAGUUUAGUGUGGCUUAUUUUCCAAGGGAGCUCUAGAAAUACCAUUUCCCUUUUUGCAGAUAGGAAAUAUUAUAACACUACCUACAUUGUAGGUUUCACCUGAGAGUAUUAGAUGUAUUUUGUGUCAACUGAGUCCUUUUAGGUAACGUUUUUGUAUUUAAAAGCAAUGAAGAAGAAAAUCAAAAUCUAUCUAUGCUGACGAAUAUUUGCACAUUUUUCAUAACGUAAAGUUGUCUUUGAAAUUACUAUCGUGUUCUUUCUGUGAAAAAAUAAU